AAAUCCCAUCACUAUCGCGCUAAUAUUUGGAAUCUCCACAUCCAUCUUUCUCUCUCUUCUCUGCAAUGUUGUUUGCGGACUCACAAGAUCCCGAUCUGGAUUUUGAGGACUUGAUCGAGGAAGAAACAGCUCAACGGCUUCACCCCACCACCAAUCCUUCGCUUACUUUACAGACCUCGCAUCAAUGCUCCAAAGGCCACAGAUCUACACUCUCACUUCCCACCCAACACGGCGGCUCUAUCUGCCUCCUCUGCCUUUCCAAUCUCAUCACCACUGCACGCGCCCCUACCUUUCAUGUUUCCUAUGCCCUCUCCCAGCUUUCUCUCUCCCUCUCCCAUCCUCCCUUCCUUCACUCUCUUCUCUCUUUCCAUCCUCACUUUCUCAUCUCUCCUCUCGUCUCCGCUCUUUCUUUGUUUGAUGAUGACUCUAUCGCUCGCCAACUCAUUGAUCUUAUCACUGAUCUCUGCGGGUCCUGUGACGCCACUCUAUGUGAUGAGUUUCUCAUGAGAGUAGCCGAUCACAUAUCCUCCCGCACAUUGGUGUGGAGUCGGCGGCAGGUGUACAUGCUCCACUGUUUUGGUGUUCUCUUGAACUGUUCUACGAAUAAUCCAUAUGCUCACAUUAAAGACAAAGAUGCCCUUUUAUCCAAUCUUGUCAUAGGUCUUCAGUUGCCAAGUGAAGAAAUGCGGGGAGAGAUCAUGUUUGUUCUAUACAAACUAACCCUCUGCCAAUGUGCAUAUGAGGAAAGUGACGGAGCAGUCUCUCUUCUCGCCUUCUGUCCUAAACUGUUGCAUCUGUCACUGGAGGCCCUUUUGAAGACCCAGGAUGAUACCGUCCGAUUGAACUGUGUAGCAUUUUUGACGAUCCUUGCUCAGAAGGGGUUUUUCGGGAAUGCAUAUGCAAAUGACAUAAAUAGCAUGAGUUCUGAUGAAGCUGAUAAAUUCAUGCAAACAACAGAGCAUGGAGUAGAUGAUCACCCUCUGAAUCUCUUAUUUGCCGAGGCAAUUAAAGGCCCACUCCUUUCAUCAGACAGGCAAAUCCAAAUCAACACACUAGAUCUAAUAUUUCACUAUUUGUCAAGGGAAGGAGCUCCAGGCAAACAGAUCCAACUUUUGGUUGAUGAGAACAUUGUGGACUACGUAUUUGAAAUACUAAGACUGUCAGAAUGUAAGGAUCCAGUUGUCAACUCUGGCAUUCUGGUUCUUGAUCUUUUAUCAACCGCGGAGAAAGGCUUCACAGAAAGAUUGCUAGUUGGAUUCCAAAUUCUUAUUUCAAUUGUGCGUUAUGUAUCUGAAGUUCCUUUUCAUCCUGUUCAAAUUCAGACAAUGAAACUCAUAUGGAAUGGCAUUUCUGAUUUCCCUGGAAUCAUAUCAAUUUCCCAUAUUGAGGAACUAGUUCAUGUUUUGGCAAGAUUGCUGCAGAGGCAUACUGAUGGGGAGAUGGGCUUGUCUUCAGAUGCAUUUGCGACGGUCUGCUCAAUUUUUGUAGCUCUUUUAAAAUCCCCAUCUUUCUGUGGAAAUUUGGAUCUGAUAACAUCCGUUGAAGAAGCAACAACUUAUGCCAUUUUAGCUUGCCUAAAUAUCUCUGAAAAUGAUCCCAGUCAACUUUUGCACUCUUUGUAUUUGCUUAAGGAGGCAUAUGGAUAUGGUCAUGAAGAAAUGUCCACUAACAACUCCACUAUCACAGGUUUACUAAAUUGUAUUGUGGAUUUAUGCACAUCACAUAUCUUGCCUUGGUUUGUAACGGUUAUUGAUGAAGUGGAUGAGGAAAUCGUCCUAGGUAUAUUGGAAACUUUCCAUUUUAUAUUGCUUCAGGAUUCUGACAACCAAGCCACAAAAUUUGCAAAUAGAUUGGUUAAAUCGUCUUGGUUCAGUUUGGCAUUUGGAUAUCUAGGGGUAUUCCCUACGGAAAAAAUGAAACUAAGAGUAUAUGUAAUGCUCAGUUCAAUUGUGGAUGUUCUUCUGGGAAAUGAUACUGGGCAACCCAUUAGAGAUGCUGCUCCCAAUCUUCCAACUGACCCUAUUGAUUUGUUGUUUCUGCUCGGGCAGAAGUCCUCCCAUAAUUCAUCAUUAUCAACUUGUCAAUCUGCAGUUUUGUUGAUUUUACAUACAAGUUCUUUAUAUGAUGAAAGGCUUGCAGAUGAGAAGUCCAUAUUGGCUUCGCUUGAACAAUAUAUUCUUGUCAACAGAGAUGAUGCCACUAAUACAUUAACAAUGAUACAACUGGCAAACCUUUAUGGUCUGUGUCGGAGUGUCACCAAAAUGAACUGCCAGAUUCCCUACAGUCCAGAAGCUGAGAGGAUCCUGUUCCAUCUAUUGACUGAAAAUGAAUGGGAUUUGCCUUCUUCAAGAAUUCACUUGGUAUCACUGAAAUGGCUGUUUCAACAAGAGAAACUCUUUUAUGCACUGUCUUACCAAAUAUUAAAAUUUUGCAGAAGCAAUAGCUCAAAUGGGACCCAGAUUGCUAUUCAUGGGAAAAGUAGUCACGUUAUAAGUGCGCAAGUCAUUGCAGAGUUGGCAAAAUCUGAAGACAACUACGUGGCAAGACUUUUGGUAUGCUUACUGAUGCAGGUGGCGGAGGAAGAAAACCAGGAGGGUGACUUGACGUUAACAGUAAAUCUCUCAGCAAAAAUCAUUAGCAUCUCCCCAGCUGCAUCAAACCAAUUAUGUUUGAACGGCAUAAGCAAUGCAAUCCGAAAUAUCUAUUACAACCCUAAUAAUUUUUCUUCCCCCAAAAUAUUUAUGGCCACAUCUCUUUUAGUGUUUAAUGUUCUACAUUCAGUCCACGCUGAAGCACUGAGUGAGGAUGAAGCUUGGCUGGCAGUGACCAUGAAGUUGCUGGACUCCAUCUGCACAAUGGCUGGAAAAUGCUGGUCUGUUGAAGCUUUACUAGCAUUUGCCAUUUUUUCCUUGAUUUUGCAUCAAUCCACCAGCAAAGUGUUGCUGGGAGCUGCAAACGCCAUACUUUUCAACGGUUCUCUGGCAUCCAUGAUAAAGAACGUGAUUCAUGAGGCCUGUUUGAAGGGACCUGCUUUGUUUGAUUGCAAUGAGGGAACAAGCAUUGGCGAAAGUCUGAUAUUCGUGCUUUUACUGAAUUAUUUCUCUCUGAGAAGUUUGCAUGUCGUUCUCCCUGGGGCUGUGGAUUGGCAAAAUUUACUUGAUCUACCAAACGUGAUGCAGCCAGUUUCAGUGAUUAGCAUCUACUGCCAUGACUUGUGUAGGCUGAUGCAUUUUGGGUCACCCACGGUCAAGCUUGUUGCAUCAUAUUGCUUGUUGGAGUUCAUUACAAGAUUAUCUGAACAAAGAAAUACAAAAAAGGAGGAGCUAAAAUGCUCCAUGGGUUACCUAAUGUCCAUGAUGACUAUAUUAGAAGGCCUGAUAUUUUACAGCGACACAAGGGUGUCUAUAAACUGCAGCCAUUGUCUAUCAAUGAUUUUAGGAUGGGAAAAGCCGGAUACAAAGGAGACAAUCGUCAAUGCUGACAACACCUGGUGCAGGCUGAUUGUAGAAGAGAUGGCAAUGUCUUUGGCGGUUCCAAGCUUAGCAUCAAAAUCUUUCACUAAUUAUCACAAGCCUGCUGUUCAUGUAGCAGUUGCGUUGCUAAAGCUACAAAAAUCUCCUCAAUGGCUAAGCACCGUGUUUGACGAUCCCUGCAUAUCUGGUAUAAUUAAAAACCUCAUGGCCAGUAAUAUUAGCGCUGAGAUGGUGCUUUUAUUUCAACAGUUGGUGAGAUCGGAGUUAUUAAAGGCAGAGCAAAUUGCUUCUGUAAAUAGGGUACUUCAGGAAUGCAGGAAGCAUAUCUACACCAGAGAUGUUCAAAAUGACCACCCAGAUGAGCAAGCAGAGAUGAGGGUUACAGUUGCAGAUGAUUUAGGGGAAGUUUGUGCAUAUCUCAUUCAUUUGAUGUUAUCCGAGGCACCUCUAGAUGCAGAUUCUAUGGGUUUACAAACUGAAAAAAGACGAUUGCUAGAAGAAAUAGAAAUGUUUUUCAGGACUUUGACAGUAGAGGAUGACAACCAAGGAAAUUCAAGCAUUAAUAGCGCUUGAAUAAAAACUUCUGGCUCUCUAACCUCAGCUAACAAUAUCUACAAGUGUCCCCUCGGAAAAGAAAAAGAAAAAAAGGGGGGGAAAACUAAGUGAAGUACACAGUGGCAGUAUGAUAUUGGUACAAUGUAAAAAUUACUGUUUGAUCAAAUAAGCUAUGUUUACUUC